AUGUCACUGGAUCAGUUUGACGCUGUUGUGCCCCAGAAUGUGAUGCACCUGGUCAUCCAGGUGCAUCACUUGAGGUGCCUCUUCAAAGAGGCCCUCUUCAAGUCGCGUGGGGUGGCGACACCCCUUGCCAAACUGACCGAAGAUCAAUUUAAGAUAGUCAGCGAUGUGCUGAAAUCCCUGGGGGUGGAUGUCAAGCCCAUAUCCACCCCCCUUGAGAUUCCUCUCGUAGAGGGAAGGGCUGCAGCGGACCUCCCCACUAAYYWKCAMGAGGAUGKGGUUGUGGAGUACCUGCCUCCUGAAGGGCAGGUCCAAAAGCAUCCCACAGGGUUAGAAGAUCUUGACAGGGCAGUGGAUGAGCACUUUGCGGUCCUCGACAUGGAGCCAAUAAGGAUGGAUCCAAUCGAGGUGGCGACGAGGGCCGCAGAGUGCCAGRCGGACAGACAMGAAUGUUCCGUCUGUCAUAUUCCAYUGCCCUUUUCAAUCUGUUGGGAUUGCACAAAGGACCUGCCCGACGAAGAACUGGAGGUGGGUGCCUUCGCAACCCCUAAAUGCUCAUCUCGCCCUGGGCUUGAGACUGUUCAUGAUGUACCGCUAGACAUACUGGUGAUGCCACACAGGCGCCGCGUCAAUAUCCCCGUGGUGCCUUUUGUGGACUCUGAGGUCGAUUUGGUUAAAGAACACGUAACGCCUCCCAUUGUAACCAAGGCACCACCUUACCAUGACAAGGUGCCCGUCUCCAGAGUCUCCCGAAAGGUUGAUGAUGACUCUGAUGAUGACGUCCCUCUCUCUCUCCCCAAUGCACCAACUUACCAUGACAAGGUGCCCGUCUCCAGAGUCUCCCGAAAGGUUGAUGAUGACUCUGAUGAUGACGUACCCCUGUCUUCGUUAAUAAGAAGCAAGACCAGGAAGGUUAUCGAAUAUGAUGACGAAGAUCAUAUCGAAUAUGAUGACGAAGAUCACGAUGAUGACAUUGACUAUGACAUGGAUGAUGACGAGGAACGUGUCGAGGAGAGCGAUGAUUCAGAGGGGAGUCAGCAUGRACAGGAGCCACUAGCCGGGGUAAUGGGUACCAAAACCACCAAGAGGGUGCUGUUGCUAGCCCCCACCUUCAACAGAGCCUCCAAACCGCUGCCACCGAAUAUUACGGUGUUCGGRCCACGUCCAUCGUAUGGCCCUUGGAGGCAAGAAUGUGGGGUGCAGGUGCAUGACCAAAUCUUAGUUGGACAAAACCUUCUGGAAAACAAACCUUCAACAAACUUGGUAUCGCAUGCAMCAAGAAAUCCCGCUGACUACGCUGUUGCAAGUUUUCAUGAAGCAAGGCUGUUUCCCUGCCUUCCCGUUCAGAAUUUUGGAAACCAACGAAACGUUCGAAACUCCUGAACGUGAUGGAGAAAAAGCCUUCUCGGGUUUUGCUCUCUUAAUGUUGGUUCAUGAAUAUUAAUUUUUUUUCUCCUUUUGGUUCCCUGAUUUUUAAUUUAUACGAAAAUUAUGCAUUUCCCACCUCCUUUCCGUUGACCGGUUGAUCGCGGGCUCAGGAAAAUGUCCAUAUAAGUGACUAUAGUAGUGAUUAUUUGUAGCCCUUAAAAAAAAAUUUUUAUUUUCCCUCUUUCACAGCACAACUGCUUUGAUUAUCUGAAAGGAAAUGCAAGAGCAGGGUUGUUUUAGGAGACA